GAAGCGAUCCAUAGGUUCGGUCACUGCGAAGGACGACACAGAACUACUACCCAUGGAGACCAUUUACGUCCUGACCGACCAAAAGUUAGGGCUUUCAAUAUAGGACCCAUCUUAUUUUGGGACUGGGAAGAAAGUGGUGCUGGUCGUGGAGUUCGAUAGUAUAGGACGUUAAAAAGGUCGUAGAACGUAGGAUCUUCAUUCACGAUAAUUUUCGAGGCACUAGUCCACUCAUGUAUUCAAUUAUAACCCUCAUUCCCAUCGACCAGUUGAAAAUUUUCUAUGUGUAAGGAUCCAGGAGUACUAACAACUGUUCUUUCAUCACUUUCUAAGGAUAAAGCGCGAACAGGAAAGAUUAGACGACGCUACCUUCUACGAAUUCCUCGCCGAAUAUUUGGACGCCCUACUCGUGGACUCCAGGAAUUUCGAAUCCGAAGAAAAAAAAGCUCUAGCCAACAUAGAAAGGGACAGUGCCGCUUUCGCCUCUAGGGAAAAAGAACAUGUUCAGAAAAUCAAAGGUAGUAGUUGUACGCACCACGUAUUUUGAGUGUUUUCGGUGGUAAAAAUGAAACAGAUGUUUAGAAUCCGUGUAGACCAUCUACGACGCCCUUAUGGCAGUCUGCACUGAACUUUAGCCAUUUUGGCUCAAGAUGAAGAGUAAGAUCAAAAUCAAAACAUCAUCAACUAAGUGACGAAAGGACGUGGACUCGUUCUCACUCCAGUAGGCACGACAGUUGUGACACGGCCAGGGAAAAAGAACAUUAAUUGUAUUGUGCGAUAAACAUGCAAGCUCUUCCCUUUCGGAUAAGCAUGGCACUACAAAAAAAAAAAGCGAGAUUAAUUGUAUUGUAUUGUAUUGUACAAUCCGAUCUUCCACUCCCACCAGCACCAAAAAACCUCGAAAAAAUCCAGAUCUCGAAGGGGGUAUUUUCGAACUGUCAAAAGAGAUGCUUGUCUGCCGAAAGAUGCUCGAAUUAGACAAGGUCAAGCAGAAAAAGCUGAAAGAAUCAAGGCUAGAGUUACGGCUUGUUGCUUACUUUUGCGUGUACUUAUGACAUAAGUAACAGCUCCUUCUUUCAAAAAGUUCUUCUAAUGCCUCUCCUGCAAUUGAUGGCUUCGGAGGAAGAGACCUUCAGUGAGAAGGUGGAGAAACUUGAGCUCGAACUCAAGUGUGUGGAGAAAGAGCGCGUCAACUACGAGGUGCAGACGAAUAUUGUCCUAAAAGAUCUGGACAUCGUCAAGACCGAGAACAAAAAACUACGAGCACAUAUUCGGAAAUUUCAAGAAGAUAUUUCGGAAAUUGUGGGGCAGUAGUGAUGGUAGAAGUCUCUUUUCUCUAUUUCUUGCGGGGGAUGCGUCCCUGUGCAGCGUGGUGGCGGAGCACGGGACAAUGAGGAUUCUGGAUGAAUCCAAAAUAAUAGCGUCUAUUGGCUUUAUUGCUCUCUCAUGAUGUCAUGCCCAGGAUUCCUUUUUGUGUACCAGAUUCUUGGUCGAUUUCCUAUACUCAUUUACUUCUCUUCAAUUUCAUCAAUUAUACUACUUCUAACAGCAACCAAACAACACAACUCGUGUACCACUGUUAUUUUGAUUCCUUAUCGAUUGCAACUGCUCGUUCCUGCAUGAAGUACUUGUCAACAGAUGUUAUUCGGAGAAACCACUUGCGAAGAUCGAUGCGCGGUGGUGCCAAGAAAGAACUCAUUUUUGCUGAAAGCAGAGUGUCCACCUGCCCUACGCCAAGAGUCGCUACCUGACGGAAAGAACGAUCAAAAUAAUUUUAGCGUAUUCUAUAGGGGGUUAGCCCCGUCCAUAGCCGGCAGCUUCUCGGAUAAACA